CCCAUAAGGCGAUGGCUGCCUAAAUUUUCCUAUCCUCUACGGGAGGCAAGACGAGGGAGCUGCGCUGCGGCUGCCAGCCGCGGGAGGCCGAGCGCGAACGAGCAGCCAUGGCCGCAGCCCGCCGUUUCCUCAGGCAGCUUAUCAGAAACAAAAUAGUGGGCCCUUCUUCGUCGGCAUCCCCCGCGCGCUCACACGUUAUGCCUUCCUCUGAAGCGGAUCCUGCCUCGUCCCCCAGCAAGAGGCUCAAGGCCUCCUUCGGCGCCGAGGAGCCCAACAAGAUGCUCCGCUUCGCCAAGCUUUCCGAAAAUGCCAUCGCCCCUUCCCGGGGCUCCUCCCGUGCUGCGGGCUAUGACUUAUACAGUGCAUAUGACUGUGAGAUCCCUGCUUCAGGAAAGGCUAUAGUAAAAACAGAUAUCCAGAUUGCCCUUCCUGCUGGGUGCUAUGGUCGAGUAGCUCCUCGCUCUGGAUUAGCGGCAAAACAUUUCAUAGAUGUUGGUGCUGGAGUUAUUGAUGAGGAUUACAGAGGAAAUGUUGGUGUUGUACUGUUUAACUUUGGAAAGGAACCCUUUGAAGUUAAAAGGGGGGACAGGAUUGCCCAGCUGAUAUGUGAGCGCAUCUACUAUCCUGAACUUGAAGAAGUCCAGGUGUUGGAUGAAACAGAACGUGGUUCAGGAGGCUUUGGAUCCACUGGGCAGAAAUGAGAGCUGUUACAUGUAGUGAAGGACUUCAUCUUAUUGUCUUUGUAUAAAGCAUUUCUGUAUAAAUAAAUCCUUUUUUCUAGACUUUU